GCGCAUGCGCACAGGGCUGGAGAAUUGACAUCGCGAAGCAGCACUGCAAUAUCCAUCGAUUCGGGACCGAAGAUUAUCCAUCUGCAUUCUCGCAAGACUGGUGCCACCUGUACAUAUUAAUCCAUACCAGCUGUGUCAUUAAAGCAAUCAUGUCCUUGGGAAGUGACUUUGGGAACCCUUUACGGAAAUUCAAACUUGUUUUUUUAGGGGAGCAAAGCGUUGGGAAAACAUCGCUGAUAACAAGGUUCAUGUAUGACAGUUUUGACAACACUUAUCAGGCAACCAUUGGAAUUGACUUUUUAUCAAAAACCAUGUAUCUGGAGGACCGAACUGUGAGGUUACAGCUAUGGGACACCGCAGGGCAGGAGCGUUUUAGGAGUCUCAUCCCGAGCUACAUUAGAGACUCCACAGUGGCUGUGGUGGUGUAUGAUAUCACAAAUGUCAAUUCAUUCCAGCUAACCUCCAAAUGGAUUGAUGAUGUGAGAACAGAGAGGGGAAGUGAUGUAAUUAUCAUGCUGGUGGGCAACAAAACAGACCUAGAAGAAAAGAGGCAAAUCACUAUAGAGGAGGGUGAGCAGCGGGCCAAAGAACUGAAUGUGAUGUUUAUCGAGACUAGUGCAAAGUCUGGCAGCAACGUUAAACAGUUGUUUCGGCGAGUGGCUUCUGCUUUGCCCGGAAUGGAGAGCCUGGAUGAUAACAACAAAGAAGGAAUGAUUGAUAUUAAGCUGGACAAACAGCCAGAUCCUCCGGCCACUGAAAGUCGGUGCUCCUGUUAGUAGAAAGCGGUCUGGACCUUCAUUAACACCACAUGCUUGUUCUGUUGCUUCCUAUGGGUCCACGUCCAGUUGAACUUUAUGAUCGGAUAUAGGCUUUUUACAUCUGAAUGGGUCUAAAAUUAUAUUCCUCAGUUGCAAGAACAAAACAAAAAAAAAAUCUACACUGUCUGUUUAAUUGCCAAAAUAAUAUCAUAGGUAAUUCAAAAUGACUAGCUAACAGAUUCAUAUAAGACAGGAAGGGGCAUGUGUACCAUCUUCGGACAAACAACAUUCAGAGUGGAUUAUCGGUUGUUAUGUUUUGUAUUUUUGUACAUUACAAAAAGCACUAAAUGAUGCCUUCACAAAAAAUGAGUUUAAGAUUCAAGACGGGCGUCAGAGUAACUGUCUUUCGUCCAUAGCUUGCAUGUAAGACAACUUUUAGAAUCUGUCAUGUCCUUUGGUCCAUACACAUCGAUAGUAACGAAACGAAGAACUCAGAAUUAAUGAAAAAAAGAAAAAAGAGAGAGGUCCUGUUCAAAGUGUGGGUCUGUGUAUACAGUACAUCCUACAUGCAAAUCCAGUACCAGCCUCCAUGAGAGGUGUGUGUACUAACCCGGUUAACCUUUAAAGUGCCGUGGCACUGUUGCAAAGAACCAAUGGAUUUUUCUGCUAGCUUCAUGUAUACACUUUAGCUCCGCCAGGCGGUACUGUAUUGUAUAUAGUAUUUAUAUUAUUGUGAACAUCCAUUAUUUAGACGUGGUUUAUGUUCACUUGUAAAAAUGUUUUCUUUUUUUUAAUAUGACAAGGGCUUCACUUUUAUUUUCUCGGUCUCACCUGUAGCCAUACACUGGUAGUAAAGUAUUACUUAUUAUUUGGGCAUUUUGCUAUUGACAUAUACUGUUUUACUCAUCCACCAAUUUUUUUUUUUUUUUUUUUUUCCUGAAAGAAUACAUUAUUCCUGUUAAACCCCUUUCAGAUGUUUUACAGAAAUAUGUGGGUUGAUUUUUAUUUUUUUAAUUAUAAUUUUUGUAUUUUGCAGCCAACUAGAACUAAAAAGAAUGAGAUAAGUGUCAGUCAUUCGGUUGGGGUGAGAAAGGUGAUUUUGAGGUGAGCCUUAGGAAACGACAGAUUUUCAUUUCAAAUACAUGCACUUUCUUCUGGGUUCUGACAAGGAAAUGUAUGGUUCACCACAUCCUAAAGUGAUGAAACAGACAAAUGAUUGUCGUAUCCUUUGUAGUAAAGCUCUCGUUGUCUCCCGCACAUGCUGAAUGGAUGUGUAGAUUAAAAUUCAAAAUGCUAGUUGUAGGCGAACACUUUCAUCCUAAAAUAUGAAGACCUUUUUAAAACAGCACUGAGCUGAGAGAGAAUGUACCCGCCUGUCGUCCACUCACAACAGUUUCGCAACAGUACGUUCAAGAAAUGUGAGUUGUUUACGAAUCUCUGGAAACAAAGUAUCUUUAAUAUUUAAUGCAUUUGUUUUUGUUUUCUAUUUUGAAUUGUUUACAUAAAUGCACUGAUUAACACCACUGAUUGUAUAGAGAUUCAUUUAGGAUAUAUUAGGUAUUUAUAAUAUAUUUAAUGUUAGUGCGAGUUUUUUUCUGGUGCCAGUAAUUCUAUUAAUUGAAACAAAAAUGGACAUGAGGAAUAACUGUGACUGAAUUGUUGGUAGUAGGCUUGACUUCAGCUUCUGGGAUAAUUUAAGGGGCCGCUGAUAUUAACUGUGGGGAGGGACUGAGGUUAAUGGGUUUUGCAUUGACGGGGCACAGAAUAUGUCAGUUAUCACAUUCACAUUUCUCAAGCCUCCGUUUCCUCUUGUUAGCUUUGUCAUCUUUCACUUUUGUACACUAGUUGUGCCUUCUGUUAUUGUGGCAUCACAAUGCAAAGCUUUCAUUGUAUGGCUACCUGAGAACACAUACGUUACAGAACGGUGGUCACUGACUGGUCAGCCAGACAACUGAUGGAUUUAUGAUGAAGUUGUUGUAUUCACACCAUCUAGCCAAUUCACUGAACAAAUUGCAGAACAGUCCCGUGCAAGCGGAAGGUUGUAUGUAAAACAGGAAAUUGCUGCUGAUAGUAUGAGGAGAUUGAAUCUGUCAAGAGUUGUUGCCAUAGGGUUGUGUAGAGCAGUGUAGUUGGCUCUUUAUUCACUCUGUAAGGACAUUUAUGAGCAUGACAUCUGUCUGAAAAAAAAAAAUCAAUAAAAUUCAUGUCUUAAUACCAAA